GAUUGGUAUUUUAGCGUUCCUGGCUGGAUGAAUGCAAAGUUGUCGGAUCAAAUCCCGGUUCGAGCUCAUGUUUUUGGGACUGCCGUAAUGAAGAAUGGACAAAAGCGCAAAUUCGAUCACAUGUACGAAUUUUCUUAUCUUAACCUACAACCACAAGGUGUUCAUCUGUACGAUCUACAGACACCAACCGGUGUGUACUGUCCCCGUGCAAAGAAUACCAAAGCAUUGCCUACACCGUCGUCUGCCUUCCAUUUCACAUCUGAAAUCAUAUACGGCCAGUCCAUUUCGAGAAUAAAGGAAUACUUCGAUUUCGAUCUAAACCUUGUUCGAUACGACUACGAUCCAAUUGGACCCGAAAAGAAAUUUGGUUCUUUACCCCUGACACAAGUUCAUGAUUUUAGUACAGGCGUGGCCUACGUCAUUGACCAAUUGCGUGGCAACUGUACAGCGACACCUAUCAGCGGCACAGGAUUUGACGUCAGAAACGCAAAUGACCCUUCACAUGUGAGAAUUCGAACUUCGAAGGAGUUUUUCUAUUUCGACAAGGCCUCAUACAUGUACGAAGGAAGGAGAGUUGUACGGGGUAUAAACAGUGACGUAUGGAUAAGCCAAAGAAAUGAUUGGCCGGCACCUGGCUCUUCAAACUCGACAUGGGAGUGGUAUUUUGCUACACCUAACUAUACAGAGAUGUUGUUACAGAAACCGUCGUUUGGAAUACCAGUUAGAAUGGUAUUGGAUGCAGGAUUGGGUCAGCACUAUAUAUACAAUAUUUACGAUUACGACGAAAGACGACCUUCAAUCUGGUCGUACGAUAUCAGUAACUGUUUCAACUAUACUGAGCGGAAAGAUUUUUCUUUCAAAUUACCAGGAAACUUCAGGAAGUUGGUGAGUGGUGACAUGGAGAUAUUCCGGUACGGCGUACUCAAAGCAAUUAUCGCCGCUGGUUCUGUCAACAAAUUACAGCUCUCAUCUCUCCGCAUUUACAAUAUUAAGGGGUUUUACAGUACAACAUCUUUUUAA